AAUGAUGCACUCAAUAUAAGUAUUCAUAUUUCAUUAUAACAAGACUCCAAGAAUUACCAAUGAUUAUUUAAUGGACUCUGUCUCAGAAAUUAGAUUCGGAAAUAAUGAUAUUUUUGCUACCGGAGCUUGGGAUGGUUAUAUACGCUUUUAUUAGAUUCUUUCUUAAACUGGGAUAUAAACAUAAAUAGCUCUUGACUUUAAAAAUGGGAUUGAUUGCCAAGAACCGUAAUAAGAAUAUUUAUAAAUUUAGUGUACUUUCUAUAAGUUGGAAAAGAGAUAUGACAAUGAUAUUUGCAGCUUUGGCUGAUAAUACAGUUAGAGUUUAUGAUAUAAAAACAGGAUAGAAUAUUGUUUUGGGUUAUCAUGAUGAUUGUCCUGCAAGAUAAGUAUUUUGGAAUGAUGAAUUGUAAGUAUUGGUUUCUUUGGGUUUUGAUAAGAAACUAAGAUUAUGGUCACUUAAAUAAAAUACUAUGGGAAUGAAACCAUCUCCUGUUUAUGAAUUAAAUUUGACGAGUAUACCAACAGUUGGUGAAUAAGAUUAAAAUGAAAGGAUGUUUGCAUAUGCUGAUGUAGAUUCUAAAAUUAAAUGGUUUUCAUGGGAUAAAAUUAGAGGCAAUUUAAAUAGCGCUGUAUCUAGAAAUAUUUUUGAAGUUGAGGAUUCUAAAUUAGGAAUUAAAUCAUAAAUUAGUACUUUAUCAAUAUCUCAUAAUUCAAAGUAAAUGGGAUAUUGUUCAGUUGAUGGAAGAGGAGCAGUUAUGGAAAUGACUGAUAGAUUAGAAGCAAUAAAUAGAAUUGUAUAUAAGUGUCACAAAAGAGAAGAAGAUUCAAAAACCUCAUUUAAAACAGAAAAAAUUAGUACAUAUUAUGUUGUGAAUUCGCUUCAAUUUAAUAGUAGAUCAUAUGAUUGGGUUAGCACAAGUUCUUCAGACAGCACAAUAAUAUUUUGGGAUUUAAAAAAGAAAAACAAAAUCACAACUAUACCAUUUGAUGCUCCUGUUAUUGCAAGUUAAGUGUCACCAGAUGGUUAUUUUUUAGCCUAUGCUACUGGAUAUGAUUGGGGAUAAGGUUUAGAUGGAAUUGAAAAUAGAUUUUCUAACAAUGUUGGAGCUAUUUUUAUAGAUAAACAAUAAUUAUUUUAUGUUUGA